AUGGCUUCUGUAGAUAGUGAGGAUGUGGGUGAUAUUGACGUACUUCUGAGGGCAGCGGAGAUUUUGGAAAAAAAGUUGUUCUCAAAAGGUGGCUACAACACGGCUGACAGUCUUCGAAAUAUCAACGUGACACAGUUUGUUAAGUGGCUGAGUACCGGUGACCAAGUAGAUUGUAAUAAUCCGAUGGAUUCCAAAGUUUCUCCAACAUUACAUGUAGAACUCGCAAAUCUCAUUCAAAUGUCAGGAUGUCAGAAAAUCGGUGACUUACAGACUGUAUUUGGAUCAGCUCAAAAUCAAGGUCCUGUCAAAUCCAAAUCAACUUCUCUGAGUUAUCCAGAUGGUGAUCCGGUGUUUACGUAUCAUCUUGAUACUUGGAAACAAUGCCCCAUAUCUCGUUUAAGACCAGACUCUACUUCUUUGAAAUUGCCACCAAGUCACUGUCGUGUCCUCACAGCUGCUACAGGUGUCAGUCAAUUAGCAGAACCUUUUUCAUUGGGAGGAAUUGGAACAGCAGAUGAACCAGACGGAUUGUCCAAUACAAGUGAUGAUGUUUGCAUGGAUAGUUCAAGCCAGGAUAGCUAUUCGGGGAAUGCACCUCCCGUUCGUGCUAAUACUGAUGUUAUGCGCAUUUUGAACUCAUCACUUGGUUCUGAAUUUAACUGUAAUAUAGAUCAUGGGAAUAAUAAAUCUCAGUAUUCUACUUGUCGUUUGAGAUCAGCCCUAUUAACACCUUAUUCUCCUGGUUCUGAAAUACAUUCCAGUGACAGUAUUAGGCACUCGAAUCAUAUUUUGACUAAGGAUCUCUCGGCUUCUAACCUACCGAUUCAACAGAAACCAGUUACAAAAUGUAUUCCUCCUGAAACAUUCUCUAACAAUACUUCAUCUCAACGACUACUGGAAGUUCUUUCUAGGACUUGUGAGAAUUAUGAUGAUUUAGAUCAACGCAACCCUAAAUUUCGAGCAUCUGAAAGCCCUCAAAAUAUUUCAACUGUUCAACAAACUUCAUGGAGUGCACCACCGUCCGUCUCAUCCAGUAGUUGUGCUACUCCAGAUAAAGAAUUUUGUGAUGCGCCAAAUCAUAGUGAAAUCCCCCAACCACUUUGUCCAGUUCGUCCAACACGUUUUAGUUGUUCAAGUUUACCCGUAAAGAAACGCAAGUUGGAUUGGAAGCAGUCAGAUAAUUGGUUCCCUGAUGUACAGUCAUCUGAUAAACAUUUAUGUAAAUUUAUGAAAACUCCAAACACUAAUCCAUCAGAUCUUGUUAGUACUAGUGCUUUUAUGACAAUAUUAAAUCAUAAUGAUUCCACAUACUGUUCAUCGAGUGGGAUUAUCCCAGAAAGGCGACAAUCAGUUGGUGGUAUAUCUGUAUUUGAUAAUACUCAGCAGUCAGUUACUUCAAAGACCACCAUUCCUCUACUGAGGACUUGUUCUGUGCCUGCAAACAAUGAACAACGUAUGAUUCAUUCAUCAAAACUUUUAGAUACAUUAACCUUAUCUAAAGAUUUAAUUGAAGAGAAAAAAUCAUUUAUAAAAACACCUUAUCAAAAUCAUUUUUCUGUUCUUACUCGUACAUUAACCGGUUCAGAUAAUAUUUCGACUCAUAUGAGUAAUUCAAAACAAUAUUCCUCUGAAUUGACUACAAUAUCAAAUAGUUCAAAUUUUUCAAAAUUGUCAAAAGAUAAUAGUAUUUUUAAUGAUAGUGAUAACAAAAAGAGAAAAUAUGCUUUUCUACCCAGUAUUGAUUUAUAUGCUACAACAGGGGAUAACAACUAUUGUAACAAUGUUUUUAAUCAUAAUACUACUAAUAAUGGCGAUGAAGAUUUACAUAUUUCAAAAGUUGAUCAUUCAAAAAAGCCUACUGUUCAUUAUAAUACAAAGAAACCAAUAACGACAGAUUUAUUAUUUCGUUCACCUGACACUGCUGCUGCUACUACUACUACUACUACUACUACUACUACUACUACAACUAUUCAUAAGCAUCGUCAUACUCAUCAUAAUCACAAUGAUAAUUGUAAUAAUCACUUAGCUCUGUCUAAUACUAAUGACAUCAACAAUUACAAUCAUAAUAAUGAAAUAGUAGAUUAUACAGAUAAAAUUCAUAAACAUCAUUGUUUCUCAAAACUACAAACUGCUGGAACUGUAGAGAUAGAUGUAUCCAAUGUAAAUCACAAUAAUAGUAAUAAUAAUAAUAAUAAAUCAAAUGGAUCCACACCGGUGUCGGAACGUAAACACAGCGGUCUUAUCCAAACUAUAUCAUACAAUGAACAUAACAAUAACAUAUCACAUCAUUUAUUAUCGCAUACACUUAAAGAAGGUACUGUUUAUAAUUUGAAUUCAAUUUGUCGAAAACGAUCUAAUCAGUUAGACAAUGCUAAUAAUAUCAUGUCAGGUCAGAACAGGACUAAUCUUAUUAAUAAUUAUCAACAAUUAUCAUCUAUUAUCAAUAAGUCGACAACUCAUUCUAACCAUUCUGCUACUACUACUACUACUACUACCGCCACUAAUGUUGCAAGUCAUAAUUUUAAUACUUCUGUUGAUUCAGUCAUCAGGAGUGAAUGUAAACAAGUUUCUGUAAAUCUCAGUCCUAUGAAACAUGGUAUACCAGAACCUACAAUCAAUAAAUUACGUACAGAACAGUUGAAAUUUUCGACAUCAGAAUCUUCACAUGGGGAUUUACCUGCUGCUGCUACCGCCGCAUUAUCAUCAUCAUCGAUGUUAACAAAUCAAAUGAAUGUCAACGGUGCACAUGUAAUUAUGAUGCUUUCUCCGUCAAUCACAAUUCCAACAUCUCAUUCACCUUUAACAAAUCAGAUUACAUCAUCAUCAUUGUCAAAUAUUCUACAAUCUUCUAAUUCUAACAUCAAUAACAAUUCUCAAAACAUAUCACAUUCAUCUAAUUUUUCUCAAGCUUAUACAACUCCCACCAUCACCGCAUCGAACUCUGUGAAUAUUAGUAAUACAUCAUCUUUCCCUUUACUUUUAAUCUCUGCUUCUUCAUCAGCUAGUGCAGCUGCGUUAGCUGAAGCUGCUGCAUUAGCCACAGGAGUACCAUCUACAAGUUUUGUACCUGUUCCUGUACAGGUUACCUCUUAUGUCCCACCAUCAACAACAAACACAACACCAACAAAAUCAAUAACAAAUGAUAAAUCAGAAAAUCAGUGUAAAAUUUCUAAUUCAUCGAAUGAUGAAAUUAACACCACUUCGAAUCAACAUUUUAUUCUAUCAGUCAUGGUGAAUGAUAACCAUGUUCAUGUUGGUCAUAAUAACAAUAGUGAUAGUCAUAAAUCUUCAGUUCCAAGCAAGAUCCCACUUGUUUUAAGUGCACCUAGUUUCCCUUCAAAUUUCAACAAUAUUCAAAAUGAUAAAAAUAUCAUUAUUGACAGUAAUCAACAUCGUUCUAUUGCAUCAGCAUUAAAAGAUAUCUCAUUGAUUACUACAUCUAAUGAUGGUGCUUAUUUAUGA